AUGUCUCACGAUCCAGGACAGGCGGUCGAAAUGGCCGACAACAAUAAAGAAAUCCCAGCCUACGAUAACGAAUUUGGUAGAGAUAUCCUUCAAAAUUCUAGGAGUGCAUCACAAGAUGAAAUACUCUCUCCUGCUAUCGAUAUACCGCCUCAGACACCACCUGCCAGGACUAUAACGGGGGUGUCUUGGGGGAUUGUGGUGGCUGCUGUUCUUUCGUCGACGUUCCUCUUCGCUAUCGACAAUACCAUUACAGCCGAUAUCCAGCCCGCGAUUGUCCAUCAGUUCAAUGAUACAGGCAAAUUGUCAUGGAUUUCGGUGGCAUUUCUAUUGACUUCGGCUGCAAUGAAUCUACCAUGGUAAGUAUCUUUCACGAUGAGUGUAUAAAGGAUGAGCUGACUCAAUUACUCACAAGGGGAAGAUGCUAUGGUCAUUUCGAGGCUAAAUGGCUUUACAUUCUCUGUAUUGUGAUCUUCGAAGUUGGCUCGGCUUUGUGUGCGGCAGCGCCAAGCAUGGAAAUUCUUAUAGUAGGACGUGCGAUUUGCGGCAUUGGAGGCGUGGGGAUGUAAGCGAAAUAUUUCUCCUCCAUUCUGGCUCUACUAAUAUUUCUCUCAAGGUACAUUGGUGUUAUGACUUUACUAUCCGCUUUGACCACGAUCGCUGAGCGUCCAGUUUAUCUGGCUUUGACGGGAGCUGUCUGGGGGCUGGGAACAGUGUAAGUUUGGGUGUUAUCAAGGCUUCUUGUUACGGUAUACUAAUACUCUAUAACAGAUGCGGACCUUUUGUCGGAGGGGGGUUUGCAGAUAGCAGCGCAACCUGGAGAUGGGGAUUUUACAUCAACCUGUGCAUUGGCGGUCUGUUCUCCCCGGUCUAUCUCUUUAUUCUUCCACGUGUCGACCCAAGAACUGGUGCUACCUUUGCUCAAAGAAUUAUUGAAAUCGACUGGGUUGGUGCCACUUUACUCGCUGGGACGUUGGUAUCCACAAUCAUGGCAAUCUCCUUUGGUGGAGUGGUUUACGAAUGGAAUGGCAAACAGACCAUUCCUCUCUUCGUUGUCGGAGGCGUUCUUUUCAUCAUGACAAUAAUUCAGCAAAUAUUCGCCAUCGGAACCACAAAAGAGCGACGGAUUUUCCCAGUACAAUUUCUCAAGUCGAAAGAGAUGGUCAUCCUAUUCAUCGAAACGGCUUGUGGCGGAACCAGUAUAUUCGUCCCAAUUUAUUUCAUCCCAUUAUUGUACCAAUUGGUAAAAGGGGACUCGGCACUGAAAGCGGGGCUACGCUUGUUACCAUAUAUCAUGCUUAUGAUAACAUUCGUCAUGAUCAACGGCUGGGGAAUGGGUCGCUUUGGUUAUUACAUGCCGUGGUUUACUUUUGGCUCCGUAUUGGUCAUUACAGGUUCUGCCCUUCUCUAUACCGUCGAUCCGAGCACGAGCGAUAGUGCAAUCUACAGCUACACUGUACUGAUUGGUAUCGGCGCCGGUUCUUUUAGUCAAGCACCAUUCUCGGUUGCACAAGCGCUCGUUGCCCCCGAGGUUCUUUCUCAGGCCAUCAGUUUCAUUUCUAGUGCCCAAAUAGGGGGUGCCACUAUUGGCCUCACUAUCGCCAACGCCGUCUUUCUCAAUACCGCCCAAAAUGAUAUUGCAAAGGCUCUACCAGGUGUGGAUCUCAAAUACAUUCAAGGACUUAUUGCAGGAGUCGGAGGCUCUUUCUUUGAUAGCCUUCCGCAAUCUGUGCAAAUACAGGUUGUAGCUGACAUUGUGUCAAGUUUUAAUAAGGCAAUUGUUAUUGCUAUGGUUGCCGGAGCUCUUGCGUUGGUUUUAUCUCUGUUCAUGAGGAGGAAUAAGUUGGAUUUGUCUGGGGUCCCCCAAGUGUGA